AUGUUGUUAAGGGGAUCAACUAAGCCAAUCACUAGAAGGCUAGGUUUAAGAACCAUUGUCACACCUGUCUUAGAGUCAGAUGUCAACGUAACUAGAAAUGGUAAAGUAAAUGUUGCCAUUGGUCGUGGAGGUAGAUCUUCAAGGACUGGAUAUACAGCCACCGUUUUCGGUGCAGCUGGUUUCUUGGGUCGCUACCUCACCUCCAAGUUGGCUAAGCAUGGAACUAUCACUGUUGUUCCGUACAGAGACGAUAUGAAGAAAAGAUUUUUGAAGCUUACUGGUGACUUAGGAGUUGUGAAUUUCGUGGAGUUUGAUUCCAGAAAUUUAAAAUCUAUUGAAGAUUCAGUCGCCCACUCUGAUAUAGUCUUUAACUGUAUUGGUGCUGACUAUAAUACGAAAAAUUUUUCAAUGGCUGAUGUUAACAUAGAAAUUACUGAGAGAAUAACCAAUGCUGUAAAGGAUGCGGGUGUUCCUCGAUUUGUCCAUGUUUCAUCUUACAAUGCUAAUCCAAAUUCCGAAUCUAUCUUCUAUGCUACUAAGGGUGUUGCAGAAAACCGUGUGAGAGAAAUUUUACCAGAUGCCACUAUUGUAAGACCAGCUCCAAUGUUCGGCAGAGAAGACACUUUAUUGAACUAUUUAGGACCAAAAUUGAAGAUGUGGACUCCAAAUAAAAAUGCUAAGGAGAUAUAUCCUGUUCAUGUUCUUGAUGUUGCUAAGGCUUUAGAAAAGAUUGGUUUUGAUGACUCUACUAUUGGGCAGACUUAUGAGUUAUAUGGUCCGGAGAAAAUGUCGUUCUUAGAGAUAAGACAAAUGAUUCACGGUAUCACUCAAGAUUUCUCACAAGUUGGACCUUUAAAUUACAGUUUCGCAGAUUACUAUUUGCCGUUACCGAUAUUAAAAGCUGUUGCUGAUUUGAAGCAACUACUUUACUGGAAAUUAACUAAUUCUGAUCAAAUUCAAAGACACUUAAUCAAUCAAAGUAUAGAUCCAAAUGCUAAGACAUUUAAGGAUUUAGGAUUUGAUGAAAUCGAUCAAUUGGCGGAUGUUAUUUUCUCUUACGUCAAGCAGUGGAGGCAUCCUUUGAUCGCUCAAAAAGGUGCUCCAUCAAAGAAAGAAAUGAAGAGAUUACGUGAAUUACAACACUUCACAUAA